GAGAUGUGAAGAGACAUUUUCUGAAAUGUUUACAAUUUUAUUCAUUGUUUGCAUAGUUUUGGUCAUAUUUAUACUUAAGUAUGUCUUCGGCAACUCAGGGUCGAACCCCUUUGCGAAGGACUGUCGAGAACCAGUGAAGAAGAUGGUUUACGACGAGAAAGUGAAAAAUAAAGUGCUGAAGCAAGGUUUUGUUGCCAGUAAAGUACCAGACAACCUGGAUGCAAUCAUCAUUGGUAGUGGCAUCGGUGGACUCGGGCUGGCUGUGAUGCUAGCUAAAGUUGGAAAGAAGGUUCUGGUUGUGGAGCAGCACGAUCGGGCCGGGGGAUGCUGCCACACAUUCACAGAGAAGGGCUUCGAGUUUGAUGUUGGAAUUCACUACAUCGGUGACCUGUGGGGCCACACGCCUUUUCGCUGCAUGCUGGACCAGAUGUCCAAUGGACAGCUGCAGUGGGAGCCUCUGGAGAAUGCAUACGACCACGUCAUUCUGGGACCUUUGGAAAACCGCCGCUCCUACCCCAUCUACAGUGGUAGUACUCGCUUCCCUGAAGAGCUCAAGAAACGCUUCCCAGGGGAGGAGAAGGCUAUUGAUGACUACAUGAGGCUGGUGAAGAAAACUGAGUUUGGCAUCUGGCUCCUUCUUGUGCUGAAGCUUUGUCCUUUACCCUUGGCCAAGUUCCUGAUCCACACUGGUCUUGUCAAACAUCUGUCUUCCUUCUUCAAAAUGGCGCCACGCAGCCUGACAGAUGUGGUCAACGAGCUGACAGAAAACAAGGACCUCAGAGCUGUCUUUACCUACAUCUUUGGCACCUACGGGAACAAACCAAAAGAUGCCAGCUUUGCCAUGCACAGUUUGCUGAUAACCCACUACCUAAGCGGAGCCUGGUAUCCUAAAGGAGGCAGCAGUGAGAUUGCUUACCAUAUGAUUCCCAUCAUUGAGAAGGCAGGAGGUGCCGUUCUGGUUCGAGCCCCAGUCAACCGUAUCUUGUUCAACGAUGCAAAGGAAGCUUAUGGUGUGAGUGUGUUAAAAGGUCAGGAGGAGGUGCAUGUCCAUGCCCCUAUGGUCAUUUCUGAUGCUGGUAUCUUCAAUACCUACGAGAAGCUGCUGCCCAAGGAGCUCCAGGCCAUGCCAGACAUUCAGAAGCAGCUAAGUAUGGUGAAGCACGGUGAAGGAGGCUUGAGCAUCUUUGUGGGUCUGAAUGGAACCAAGGAGGAGCUGGGCCUGAAAGCAAGCAACUACUGGAUCUUUGCUGAGAACAAUUUUGAUGAACUGAUGGAGAAAUAUAUGAAUGAGGAGAGAGAAAAGGCUUCUAAAAAAAUCCCCUUGCUGUUUGUUGCCUCCCCAUCAGCCAAAGAUCCAUCAUGGGAGGAGAGAUCGCCAGGAAAGUCUACUUUGAGCCUGGUCAGUUUUGCCAAAUACUCGUGGUUUGAGGAGUGGAAGGACGGCAAAGUGACGAACAGAGGGGCCGACUACAAAGAGCUGAAGCAAGCAUUCAUCAACUCCGCCCUGGAUGUGGUGAUGGAUGUUUUUCCAAAGAUCACCAGAGACAAGAUAGAGUACGUCGAUGCUGGAACCCCCAUCACUAACACACACUACAUCGGAGCACCCAAAGGUGAGAUCUACGGAGUGGACCACGGCAUCGCUCGGUUCAGCCCUGAACUCAACGCUACAAUAAGACCUCAGACUCCAUUGAAGAACCUCUAUCUGACAGGACAGGAUGUGUUUUUGUGUGGUUUCGCUGGCGGCCUCGCUGGAGCUCUCACCUGUGGCUCGGUUAUUCUUAAUCGAAAUCUCCACCUGGAUUCCUUCGUCUUGGCAAUGAAAACAAAAUAUAUAAACAAGAAGCUAAAGGACGAGUAGCUACUUCCAUUUAAUUAAAUUAACUAAUAAUAUGCUGCAACAUCACAGCUCAAUGACACAUUAAGAGCUAAAUCCCUUAUGAAUGAAUUUAUAUGCACACAUGUUGAACAGAAAUAUAUCAUGUCUUUGCUUUGGCAUGUUCACAUUUUGCACUAAUUUAUGUUAAACUGCUUGCUUUAUGAAUAGACACUAAUAUGAUUCAAGUCUGAUGCAUGUAGCAGGGAGUGUCAGGCACUCGGAAUUUCACAAAAAAGGGUUUUUGUCUUGAAUUUAUGCAUGUUUAUAUGAUUGAAUUGUUGCUCUUAGCAAUUUUAAUUGUUUGUAUAAACGAUUGCAAAUAACAAACAUGUUAUAACUCCUACCUAA